GGUGGGAGUGACAGCAGCGCCAUAUCCACAUUUUAAUUCAUUCUCUUUUCUCAAUUUCAUCGAACAUUUCAACUUUGAUGGACUCUUUUCCUCUAUCCCUUACUCAACAACGCAACGUAACACUAUGGGUUUCGGUUUCGGUUUCAGUUUGAAUCCCAGGCUCAGAUAUAACCUUCCUCUUCACUCUCCUCAUUCCUUUACCACUUCUUCUGCUGGAGUCAGGCUAUCUCUGCCCUCCACAAUUUUUGAGGAAGGAGAAACUUUGCUGAAAGAUUUUGGAAGGGUAUUUGCAUUUUCGGCGUCAGGCUUAGAAACCCUGCAACAUGAUUCAUUAGGAAGAGAAGAAACCAAGGUAAACAAAGGAAAGAGGUCACUGAGUAGUGUACAUGAAAUGAUUGAUAAUUCCCAAAUGCGUUUUGGAGAGGUAUCUACCAUCUCUACGAAGUUUCAGUCAUUCAGGGAUACACAUUUUCGUUUGUUAAUGGAGAACCUAGGUGUUUUAGAGGAAACUUUUGCUGAUUCUGAAGCACUGAGGCUGGAAAAGGAUAUUAUAUUGCAACUAGAAAAGCUUGGUGCUCUUGAGUUGUUCAAUUUUUGCCUGUCAAAAUCUCUUGGAACCUCACUUGUAUCAGACUACACUGAUGGACUUGCUGAGCAAGUUGAAGAGAAUGAGAGAAACUGCAAAGUAGAUGACUACAAGGGGAAAGUUUUUGUUCAGUCUAGCAGGAAAAAGGAAACUAAAACAAAGAAGAGGGCAUUUGUUCCCACAGCUGUUUCCUCUCAGUCAUUGCCUUUGAAAGCUAGUCAGGAAGAUCUAUCACGUUUCUCAGCUUCAUUUGUUAAAACAGCAUCAAAUACUAAAAAUAAAAGAAUAAUGGUUGCUAAAAGGGAGGCAGAGAUGUCAAAAGGAGUAAAGGUGCUAGCAGAAUUAGAGAAAAUUAAAAUAGCUAUAGAAGAGGAUACCAAGCGAGCAGCAAGUUUGAAUAGCUGGGCAGAAGCAUCUGGAGUUGAUGAAAAGGUGCUACAACAGCUAUUGCAUCAUGGCCAUUAUUGUCAAGAUGAGCUCAUAAGGAGUACUCGUACCUUAGUUCUAUACCUUGCCAGAAAAUACAGGGGUAUGGGAAUAGCAUUGGAUGAUUUGCUUCAGGCUGGAUAUGUAGGGGUUCUCCAAGGAGCAGAGAGAUUUGACAGUACAAGGGGGUACAAAUUCUCAACUUAUGUGCAGUACUGGAUAAGGAAAUCAAUUUCAAGAAUGGUGGCACUAUAUGCACGAGGAAUUGUAAUUCCUUGGUCAUUGAACAGGGCAAUAAAUGAGAUCCAGAAAGCUCGAAAAUCCAUGAAAAGUACCUCCAUGAAAUGCCCAGAUGAUUAUCAAAUUGCAAAGAUGACAGGUCUUUCACUUGAUAAAAUUAGAUCAGCUAGCAAUUGUCUGAGAAUAGUCGCUUCAAUUGAUCAGAAGGUGGGGGAUUGCAUUAGUGUAGAAUAUAUGGAACUUAUUGCUGAUACGUUAAUAGAGAAUCCGGAAGAAGUUGUCAUGAAGCAGCACAUGAAAAAGGACGUACAUGAUCUGCUGAAAGGCUUGAACUCUAGGGAAAGGCAAAUAUUAAUGCUACGCUUUGGCCUUAAUGAUAAUCAGCCCAGGUCACUUCAGGACACAGGGAAGGUUUUCAAAGUGAGCAAAGAGCGGAUAAGGAAGAUAGAGAAAAAAGCUCUAACAAAGUUACGGAAUGAAGCAACCAACUCAAAGUUAAAUUAUUAUUUGGAUCCGUAGUAUAUCGUUGGUCUUUGGUGAGCUUCAAUAGUUCCUUCAUUUCAUCUGCAUAUGAAGGAUGUGUAAAAACUCUUGGUCCUGAAUUGGUUUGAUGCAUUAUGUAUCAAAGUUCCUUAACGGUUGUCAUCCUCGUGACUAGUUUCAUGGAAAAGUAUUAUCAGUUGUUGCCAGUACAGCAUUUCACAUGACAAGGAUGUUUUGACUACAUAGAAGAGAACCUCAAACUCUGUGAUGUUAAUGAUCUCUCCAGUUUCUUUGCUGGUCAUCCAUGAAAUCAUGUAAUAAUGCUUAAUAUCAAUGCUCUUGAUUUGGCCUAGGGAAUGAAUGACGUAGCUUCCUCUGAAGUAAUUUUUGUUUUUCGAACUGGUAGGAGGCUUCCAACACUAGCUGUGUGUUUCUUUGGCAACUGAUCUGAAUUCUUGUAAGAUUUGUGGUAGUCCAUUAUGUAUAUUCAAUAUAAUGAUAUAUUUGUAAAAAUUUGUAGUAAUUAUUUGUGCUACAAAGAAAUUAAGAUUUUAGGGAAUGAAGAUAUUUUUUAUACAUCUAAAGUGAGAGUUUUUUAUGUCUCUUUAUUUUUGUGGGGUAUUUUUGAGAUGCAGUUUAUAUCAUGAAAAAAAAGAAAAGAGAUAUGUCAAAAUUUGAAU